UCGUCGACGUAUUGAAUUGGUGAAUAAGCGGGAAAAGUUUCGCUUGUAUAUUUCAAUCGUGCUUAGUUAGUGUUAUUGUUUACAAACAAAUGAUUUAGUAAAUAAUUUUGCAUAAUGUGCCAAUGUGACGUCAAGUACUUACUACUUGUGAAUUAUUUUCACUUCAUAGAUACAAUUAUGAACGAUUUUUUUUGAAAAAUCUUUACGUCAGUAAGGUUAGGUACGCGCGUUUUGCAGUUCCUUAAUUUCGAGUCCGAAAAGUAUUCCAUAAGUUGCAACAUGUCUAAGCUAUCGUUCCGAGCGAGAGCGCUGGACGCCUCCAAGCCAAUGCCAGUCUAUAUGGCAGAGGAACUGCCCGAUUUAGCUGAGUACACUGCGAUAAAUAGGGCUGUGCCUCAAAUGCCAAGUGGUAUGGACAAAGAGGAAGAAUGCGAACAUCAUUUACAAAGGGCAAUAUGUACAGGACUCAUAAUUCCAACACCUGAAGUGUUGGAUCUUGGGGAACACGAAGUUUAUACACGAUCUUAUCAUGCCGAUUGCAAAAUGCCUAGGCAGUUGAUACACAUGCAACCCUUAGCAAUGGAACAAGAUAUUCCUGAUUAUGAUAUGGAUUCAGGUGAUGAAGUUUGGGUUACGGAACAAUCGCAAAGGCUUGAUUUAUCUCAGCUUCAAUUCGAGCAGAUGAUGGAUAGGCUAGAAAGAAGCUCAGGGCAAACUGUUGUCACAUUGGCAGAAGCGAAGGCAUUGCUCAAACAAGACGAUGAUUUAAUAAUAGCAGUAUAUGAUUAUUGGUUGAAUAAAAGGCUCAAAACUCAGCAUCCUCUUAUCUUAACAGUUAAAACUGAGAACCGAGGUGGUGCUGCUAAUAAUCCUUAUAUAGCAUUUCGAAGAAGGACAGAAAAAAUGCAAACUAGGAAAAACAGGAAAAAUGAUGAAACUUCUUAUGAAAAAAUGCUAAAGUUAAGGAGAGAUCUUUCUCGUGCGCUUACUUUAUUAGAAUUAACAAGAAAAAGGGAAAAAAGUAAACGAGAAUUACUGCAUCUCACUAUAGAAAUAUGUGAAAAGAGAUAUCAGGCCAAAGAUUUUACAGGUCAAAUAAUGUCCGAAUUAUCUGCAAUUAAACCUAGCCGUCCAGCAUUUGCUCCCAUAUUUACCAAUCAGUACGCUAACCAAUAUAAUUCCUGGAAUACAAGUAACUACUUAUCUGCAGGUUCAUACCAAAGUAAAAAUUCUCACAGAGAAAAGGACCGAGACCGUGAUGAGUACCUUCCAAGAAGAGAAAAGCGCCCUAGCAAGAAACGGAAACAUAAAACACAUCGAGAAAAGUACUUCAAUAUUGCUAGUCCAGCAGUUAAUGCUCAGAGCUCUGGCGAGGAUGAAGGAUCAUCAGCAUUAGGAGGAAUGCCUGAGGCCGAAGAAGAAUCUGCAUUUGUUUUUCAUAGAAAUAAGGCAUGUUCAUACCAUUGCCCAGUUGUUAGGAACAGCCAUGAUCUAGAUAGGCCUCAUGAAAUGUUUUCUUUGGCCUCACUGCGGUAUCCACGAAAGAGAAUGCUGGGAUUUGCAAGGCGUCGAGUGGGUCGUGGUGGCCGAGUUAUCAUCGACCGAGCAAGUGGCAUUGAUGAUAUCUGGUCUUCACUAGGUUUCACCAUUCAUGAUAAUCAAACAAAUUGUGACAAAAUUGAAGAAACAGACUUUCAUAAAAAGCAACGAUUUGUUAGGUUACUUCUUACUGAACGAGGCAGGUGUAGUGCAAGUGGUAAAGAUAAGGCAGAUGAUAAUUUAAGUGAUGUGGAGUUAGACAAACUAGAAAAUGAAAAAGUUUCAUUGUUUAGUGAAAUAACAAAUGAGUGUUUGCAUUUCAGACCACGGACACCUCUAAGUGAUAUUAUUGAUUCCAAUUAUACGCCAAUAUUAGAAUCGACUGAUUCAGUGUCAGUCGAGAUACAGAAUAUGUCACGGGACAGGGACCCCUUACUAGUAGAAUUGGCUCUACAAGAAUUGUGUAAUGAACAGAGUUCCUCAUCUGACGAAAUAGAUGUCAAUGAUCCAUUUGUUACAGAUUUCUUGAAUGAAAGUGGUGAGAGCAUAGCUUUGGAAGACGGUGUUCUUGAUAGUAUUUUGUCAGAAAGUCAAAUUAAUGAUUUGAAAAGUCUUCAUGGUAGUAAUACAAAUCUAACUGAUAUUUUAGAUGAUGGAAAUUUAUUAGCUCUCGGAGAUGAACUAACUGAGGGGGCUGAAUUAUUAUUAAAUCAAACAAAAGACAAUCUUAAUACCCUUCAGAAUGGCGUAGACCUAGCUGAUAAUAAUGACAAUGAUUUAUUAGAUUCCUUAUGUAGUGAUAAUAGGUAUUAUUAUAAUGAUACUUGUUAUAAUGAACAUAUAGGCUGUUCACAAUUUUCGGUAACGUCUUCAGCAUCAAAAUGGUCUUCCUCUUCAUCUAAAAUUAAAGUGGAAGAUGUGAAGCCAGUUGUUUCUGAAAUACAACUAGAAUCAAAACUACAUGAGGUUCCACCUGUAAAUUCUUCAACCAUGUCAUACAAUUCAGUUCUAUCGGAAAGUGUAUCUGAGGCACUGAGGAGAAAAGUGUAUAGGAACAAUAUUGACUUAAUGAAGUCUUCGACUUUGAAUGAGGGUUCAUUAGUGAAUUGUGUUGAAAGUGUAAUGUUUAACAAGAACUCUAAUUGCACUAAUGUUGUAAAAGGGGAAAUUACGCUUAGUAACAAUACAAAUAGGUGAGGGGCAGUUUACGAGAACCCGACUGGACUCUACAAUACAUUCCCGGGUCGAUAUUUCGACGUGUGUAAUGGAUAUGACUCUGUAGUUAUAUUUAAUGCUAUGUGCUUUUUAAACAUGUCGAUGUUAGUAUCGAUAAGUUAUUA